AUGCGCCCAAGCCGUGCACGGCGGAAGCCGCGGGGCAGGCGGCGAGGAGGCGUACAAGAUGUAGACGAUCGCGAAGAAGUGGAAGAGGACGAGCCAAAGCCGCUCCGAGGUCUCCACUGGUACUUCUUCAGUUUGAGCAUUCUCCUGGUGACGGCGCUGUCUUUCCUGAACUUUAUGUCGCUCCCUGAUCCGCGAGCGCAUUCGCUGCUGAGUGCUGUGUUGUUGAAGCGCCAAGCAGCGAUAGCCGGGGAUCCGCAUUCCAACCCGUCGAUGUCGGCCAUGAGCGACCAGGAGCGCGUGGCUUUGCUCAAGGCAGCCGAGGAGGCAUUACAAGUGCCGCUCCCCGUGGUGAAGACCGCUACGGGCGCGCUGCCCGUCGCUGGUGCGGCAACGCCUUCGCUCCGAGGAGCAAGCGGCCUCUUCGAGACACCGAGCCAGCUUUCGGAUCGAGAGCAGCUCGACGCGCUGCGCUCACGGUCACGGCAGGCGGCGGCAGCAUCUGUUUUGGGGCCAGCUUGUGCAAAGGGAGGCCUUGCAGUUUUUUCGGGGGAGAGCUGGCUGCAGCUGGACGAGAUGGUCGACUCAGACGAGAUUACCUUCGGUACUUGGAUCUAUGUGCCCAGCAUGCCGGAGAGCUUCUUUCCAACGUCCUCCGAGUCCAUGAAGACGAUAGCGGCCAACAAGUUCAGCGGAUGUGCUACCAGCAGCCGGGGGUGGGCAUUCUUCAUGCACGAAUGGGCAACGUCCAAUCGACAACUCCGCCUGUCAUGGACGGACCACGCAAGUGGAUGCAACGAGAUCUAUUCGGGCGUUUCUCUGGUUCCCUACGAUGCCUGGGUCCUCGUCGGCUUCAGCCUUUCCAAGGCGAAGAACAGGGCCAGCAUUGUCAUGAACGACCAGUUGGUUGUGGACACGCAGCGGGGGAUCGGGAACUACGUGCGUCAGGGGCGGAUGAUGCAAAUCCAGCAGGCUUCUCUCGCCGACCGCGUGCUGUCAGACAGCAAGAAGCUCUUGCUGGGAGCACACGUUCUCGCGCGACCUGAAGAGAUUGCUCAAGCGCACGGUUUCAUCGGUUUCAUGGGCGACGUGCGUAUCUUCCGUGCUUCCCCUGAUGGCAGCACGCUGGUCAACUUGUUGUCUUGCAGCUCACAGGAUGUACUCAGCGGCAGUGCAACAACAUGUGGCUCUCAAGCUGCUGUGUCGGUGAUGGUGCAGUUCCAACAGGGCAGUGAGUCCAUCAACUCUAUCACGGGAACGCGGCUGCAGCCACAUCUGACCACUCGCGGUACGAUGGGAGAAGGUCAGCCAAACCCGGUCCCCAUCGUUGCCUUUGCUGACAAGGUCCUCCACCCACUUCUGCAGAAGCCCCCGGCAGAAAGCAUCGUGACGCUGCCGGGCACAACUCUGGACCCAGAGGCUUUGCGGAAGACAUGGCCGAAGGAGUGGCUGCUGCGCUUCUCCGAGGCUGACCUGGCAAACUCACAGGCCGAGGCGGACGCUUGGGCCUCGGAGGUCAGAGCCGCGAUGCAGUUCACCUGGAAAGGCUACAGGGACAAGGCGUGGGGCCACGACGAGGUGAUGCCGGCCUCUGGUCGGAUCAAGGAUUGGUGCAAGAUG